AGAAACGCAGCUGGGCAUCAUCGAUUGCAGAGCUCACCAGAGACAGAUCCCAGAGGCAGAUCACAUUCCAGUUCCUCCUGUACCUCAAUGUCUGUUACUAUGGAGACUUCCAACGGGACUGAGACCUGGUACAAGAGCCUCCAUGCUGUGCUGAAGGCUCUGAAUGCCACCCUUCACAGUCACUUGCUCUGUCGACCUGGGCCAGGGCCAGGAUCGGGACCAGACAAUCAAACUGAAGAGCGUCGGGCUAGCCUUCCCGGCCGUAAUGAUAACUCCUAUAUGUAUAUUCUCUUUGUCAUGUUCCUAUUUGCUGUCACUGUGGGCAGUCUCAUCCUGGGAUACACCCGUUCACGCAAAGUGGACAAACGUAGUGACCCCUAUCAUGUGUACAUCAAGAACCGAGUGUCUAUGAUCUGAUGUGAGGUGCCCAAGGAUGAUGGAAGAUUACGAUGCCUAAGGAUUGUCUUCUUGGGCCUCCAGAACUCAACUCUGGACCCUCUCAAGCCCCAGUGUCUCUAUCUAUAUAAGAUGAACAAGAAAUUGGUAAGAAAUUGGGACCAGAGAGGAGGAGCUGGUAGGCUUGGCCUUGUGGAUAAGACAUUUUUUCCAGACAAAGAUAGGCACUAUAUACAAGGGGCCCAUGAACAAUGCAUAGAAGUAUUGACUGCCAGCGAACAGGAGAAGGGAGAUGAAGGAAAAUGGAGCAGAAGACACUGAACACUGAAUCUAUUAAUGUAUGACCUUCAAACAUGAUAAACCUUGAUAAAAAUGAGUAAUGCUGA